UCAUUGAAAGGCUGCCCUUUCACAUCAGCAGCUACAKUCUUCGCUCACUUGUACCACCAUGGCUGCUACACCGAAUUGUCCACGUUUUUUAUUCUGCUUUUUGUACAUGUCGUUACUGUUUGCGGGUGUGUUUUGCGACGAUGAUGCAGAAGAAGAUGACCAUGCCAAGCACACAUACACAGUAGAGAUGUUUAACGAGGCGGUGCCCACUGCACCCCACUUUGUCAUGUUUUACGCACCUUGGUGCGGCCACUGCCAGAGACUGCAGCCUGCCUGGAACGAACUGGCAGACAAAUAUAACAGCAUGGACGACCCACCAGCGUAUGUGGUCAAAGUAGACUGUGUCCAGGACACCAAGUUCUGCUCCAAUACGCACGGUGUCCGAGGCUACCCUACAUUAAAGUUGUUUAAGCCGGAGCAAGAGGCCAUAAAGUACCAGGGUCCCAGAGAUGUGCAGUCUUUGGAGACGUGGAUGCUGAAGACGCUGCAGGAGGAGCUGUCGGAACCGGAGAGCGAACUGGAGCCUCCUAAAGCCCCCGAGCCCAAACAGGGCAUGUACGAGCUCACAGCCCAGAACUUCAAGGAGCACAUAUCCAAAGGUGCUCAUUUCAUUAAGUUCUUUGCUCCCUGGUGUGGUCACUGCAAAGCCAUGGCGCUGACGUGGGAACAGCUGGCCUCCACCUUCGAGCACUCCGACGAUGUCAAGAUUGGAAAGGUGGACUGUACGCAGCACUACGAGAUCUGCUCUGAGAACGGCGUGAGGGGGUAUCCCACACUCCUCUUCUUCCACAACGGGCAGAAGAAAGAGCAGUACAAGGGGAAGAGAGAUCUGGACACGUUCAAGGAGUUUGUGGACGGCCAGCUCAAAGCUGUGCUCACCGAGGAGCACGAAGCAACCAAGGAGCAAAAGACAAACGAGAUCCCCGCUGACGAGCCUGAGCAGGAAGUAAAGUCGAAUGUGUUGGUCCUGACUGAGAGCAACUUUGAUGAAGCCGUAGCAAAAGGCUUCACUUUUAUUAAAUUCUACGCUCCGUGGUGUGGCCACUGUAAGAACCUGGCUCCCACCUGGGAGGACCUGUCCAAGAAGGACUUCCCCGGUCUCACCGACGUCAAGAUCGCUAAAGUGGACUGCACGGUGGAGCGCACGCUCUGCAACAAGUACUCUGUGCGAGGUUACCCCACCCUGAUUAUUUUCCGUGCCGGCGAGCAGGGCGAGGAGCAUCACGGUGGGCGGGACCUGGAGAGCCUGCACGGCUUCGUGAUGAGGCAGGCCAGAGACGAGCUGUAGGGACGAGCCAAUCAGAGCUCACGCUUCACUUUACCUGCUGCUCUGAGCAGCCAUCUUUGUUUCUCUCUCUUCUGGAAGGAGUUAAAGCCAGACCCUUGUGGUCGUUUGUGUCUUUUUCUAUUUUAAAGACAGAAUAAUUGAGUACUCUGAAUGUACCCCCCCCCCCCCCCCAACUCCACCUUAAAUCUCCUGUAGUUUUUAUGAUUGGUGGUUGGAUCUGACCACUGCAAGCACUGCUCCACAACCAAAAACUCACAAGUUACUUUUAAAGAAAUGGCACUUGUUUUUUUGUUUUUUUUUAUUUAAAUUUUUGUAUUAAAACAAAUCUGGUUCUGGAUUUGACUUKCAGUGCUAAACGUUUGGAUGUGUUGGGCUCUGUGAGGCUGAGUUUUGAUUUGAAGGUACUUUACGUUCACGCCGAUGAUGGCCUAUCUGACAGAACUCUCAGGGAACAUCCAGCCGGCUCACAGGAAGUCCUGACGAGCCCGCUAAGAACUCUCUGAACACCAGGUUCUACUUCCUGUAAAGACCUGGUGAUAUUCUGAGUCAUUUUCUGGCUCGUGUGAUUUUUACCUUUUUUUUUUCUACUUUUAAGAUCCAAACCUGAACCGUGCUGCUCCAAUCAGCUGCUUUUCUUCAGGCAAAUCAUUCRGAUGCAUUUCAGUCACUAGUUUUUAUCCUUCUAAUAGUAAAGUGUAAAUGAACGCAGCUGUUUGCUUUAAGCAGUAUUAAAUCCACAU